CGGAAUAAAAAGGUCUGGCGGGUCGUUUCAGCAUUCGCAGAGCUAGACAAGCUGCAGGGUGACUCUUGACCCAGGACUGAAAGCGAGCGGCUGCAGUGCUCUAGGCUGCAAUCACGAAUGCGUGGACGGCCGGCGAUGAAGGACAGGCAGCUGAACGGAAGGUCGCCUCUGCCGAGGGCUUCUGCAUGGCAGGCAACGACCACUGAGGUCUUCGAGCAUCGUCGUCUAUCAAGAGUGCUGUCCAAUCCAGUGACGGCAGAAAGCGCAUGGCGUGUUGGCGCUUUGAAGCCGCCGUUGAGCAGCAUCAACAAGGGAAUCGGUGAUGAUAAUCAGAGCAGGUACGUAGUCUUGAAGUGCCGCAUCGCCUUGUGCAUAAGUCCGACGACGCCAAAUCAUGCAGAUGCGCACCUACUCCUGCAAGCUUCUGCGAGUGAAACUUCAGAGUUUUGAAGCUCGAAGUGAUGGGUUUGCUGAAGUCCAUUUUGAUCCGAUAGGCCGCCCGCUCGCUUUGCUCCACGUGAAUAACUGUUGAGCAAAUGCUCGAAUGCUUCCCAGCCAUCGGAUGCUCAUCAAUCACCGGGGUUGGAGGGAACUGAGCGCUCGCCGCCACGGAACCAUCGAGUGAUGUUGUGCUCUGCGAUUUUCUCAUCAGGCAAGCCCGAUGUCGCUCAUGCAAGUUUAGCGUCGGCGCACCGCGUGGUCUUCGCAGGUCUGCAUGCGUGGUGUCUGACUUGCAAUCAGCAGUCACCAGCGAGCGAUCCGCUUUGCCCCUUCCGCCUCGCAAGGUGGCGAGACAAGACGUGGUCAAGCAUGAGCAAGAUUGCGCAUGAGCGAGCGAGCAAGUCGAGCUGAAUCCAUGAAGAGUCUGAAUUCUCGCUUCACCAUGGCAAGUUCGUGUACCGGUACAUGACCAGACGAAGAGGUCUUGCGCAUGCAAGGAUGCUAGGCUUAGCGGCGUGUUACCGCGUGGUGUGUUGAAGAUUGAAACCAUGGCAACCCUUGCAAGAAUGGCAAGAACGUGACCAGACCUCAUGCGUGCACUCGAGCUACUUGACAGUAAUCGCGCACGAUGCACACGCCUUCCUUUGUGGCUUUGUCAGGUGCAUCAAUGUCUGCAGAGCUCAAGGACUUCUAGCGUAAGCACACCUUCCACUGCUCGACGGCAUGCAACUACUCGCACACUUAUCUACAGUGCCUUGCCCGUGACAGGCAAACGCGAGUCAGAACGCAAGAGAUUUUGUGUGGCCGUCAGGAUAGCGUAUUGGAGCAGCGGGUGCAAGACCUUGACGAGGUGACCUUCGCUGAGCCGCUGCAUCCUACUGGCUCGUCAUUUCGGCCCAACUCCAAAAUGAUCUCCAGGGCGUGAUACAUGGCAUGGAGGCUAACGGAAAGCGCCGAGCGAAG